GUACUGACAGACAGUGAAGCGAGGACGGAGACGUGGAGAGACAGGGAGAGAGAAGUGGAGAGAGACACAGAGAGACAGAGGCGGAGCGACACAGAGGACAGAGGCGUGGAGAGACGGAAGAGAGACUGAGCAAGACAGGAGACAAGGACAGGACACUCAGCAGCUUCAGGCCCAGCCUUCAUGCCCGCCAGGGACCCCACCUGCCCCAUCGUCCCAGGUCAGCCUUGGCCGGUGCUUCCUGAAGUCUGACUCAAGGGCCCCAGGAGACUCCUGCGGAGGGACGAGAGGAUGGCCCAGGUCCUGCACGUGCCAGCCCCAUUCCCAGGGACCCCCGGCCCCACCUCACCGCCUGCCUUCCCACCCAAGGAGCCCGACCCUCCUUACUCUGUGGAGACACCCUACGGCUACCACCUGGACCUGGACUUCCUCAAGUAUGUAGACGACAUUGAGAAGGGCCACACACUGCGGCGGGUGGCCGUGCAGCGCCGUCCCCGCCUGGGCUCCCUGCCCCGAGGGCCAGGCUCCUGGUGGACGUCCACGGAGUCGCUGUGCUCCAAUGCAAGCGGGGACAGCCGCCACUCGGCCUACUCCUACUGCGGCCGAGGCUUCUACCCGCAGUAUGGCGCCCUGGAGACAGGCGGCACUGGUGGCUUCAACCCCCGAGUGGAGCGGACGCUGCUGGACGCCCGGCGCCGCCUCGAGGACCAGGCAGCCGCACCCUCGGGCCUGGGCUCCCUGACGCCCAGCGCCGCCGGCUCCACCAGCUCCCUGGUGGGUGUGGGGCUGCCGCCCCCUCUAACGCCACGUGGCUCGGGACUGUCCACGCCAGUGCCGCCCAGCGCCGGGCACCUGGCACAUGUGCGGGAGCAGAUGGCAGGCGCCCUGCGGAAGCUGCGGCAGCUGGAGGAGCAGGUGAAGCUGAUCCCAGUGCUCCAGGUGAAGCUGUCCGUGCUCCAGGAGGAGAAGCGGCAGCUCGCCGUGCAGCUCAAGAGCCAGAAGUUCCUGGGCCACCCCGCCGGCGCGUGGGCCCGCAGCGAGCUCUGCCUGGACCUCCCUGAGCCCCUCGAAGACCCUUCGGCACUUGACGCCCGCAGUGUGGGCACCUGGGUUCGAGAACGGGACUUGGGCUUGCCUGACGGGGAGGCGGCGCUCGCUGCCAAGGUCGCCGUGUUGGAGACGCAGCUCAAGAAGGCACUGCAGGACCUGCAGGCGGCCCAGGCCCGGCAGGCCGAGCCCCAGCCCCAGGCCUGGCCGCCACCCGACACUCCGGUCCGCGUGGACACCAUCCGAGUGGUGGAGGGGCCUCGGGAGGUGGAGGUGGCAGCCAGCACCACCACCGGGGCCCCUGCCCAGCGAGCCCAGAGCCUGGAGCCCUACGGGACAGGCCUGAGGGCCUUGGUGACAUCGGGGGAGCCUGAGAGCCCCGCCAUGUUCUGCAGCCACGAGGUAGUGGAGACCAUGUGCCCAGUGCCCACUGUGCCCGCCAGCAACAUCCACGUAGUCAAGAAAAUCAGCAUCACAGAGCGGAGCUGUGAGGUGGCCACAGGGUCGGCAUCAGAGGAGAACACAGGCCGGGUGGCUGCCGCUGACCCUGCCCACGGGGAGCCCCCCAGCCAGGUGUCGUGGGCGUCGGGGGACCCGGGGGGAGCAGGAGGGCCCCAGGUGGGAAUGCGGUCCAUCAUGAAGAGGAAGGAGGAGCCCGCAGACCCGGCAGCGCAGGGGAGGAGCCUGCAGUUCGUGGGAGUCAAUGGCGGGUACGAGUCCUCCUCCGAAGGCUCCAGCACAGCCGAGAACUUCUCCGACAAUGACAGCACAGAGAAUGAGGCUCCGGAGCCGGAAGAGAGGCUUCCAAGUGUGGCCGGAGCCCCACAGUGCAGGCCCCCAGGGACCACUGCAGUGGCGCCCCAGACCAGCCUGCCGGGGUGCCAGCUAUCUCGGGAGGCUCAGCAUGCGCCCCUGGCUGAGGAGGCAGCGGGCACCAACUCUGAGGACGAGAUCCGGAUGGAGCUGAGCCCUGACCUCAUCUCGGCCUGCCUGGCGCUGGAGAAAUACCUGGGCAACGCCAACGCGCUUACCGAGCGGGAGCUGAAAGUGGCCUACACCACCGUGCUGCAGGAGUGGUUGCGCCUGGCCUGCCGCAGCGACGCCCACCCUGAGCUGGUGCGGCGCCACCUGGUCACCUUCCGGGCCAUGUCAGCCCGGCUGCUGGACUAUGUGGUCAACAUCGCCGACAGCAACGGCAACACCGCGCUACACUACUCUGUGUCCCAUGCCAACUUCCCCGUGGUACGACAGCUGCUGGACAGCGGCCUCUGCCAGGUGGACAAACAGAACCGUGCCGGCUACAGCCCCAUCAUGCUCACCGCCCUGGCCACCCUGAAGACCCAGGACGACAUCAAGACUGUCGUUCAGCUCUUCCGCCUUGGAGAUGUCAAUGCCAAAGCCAGCCAGGCGGGGCAGACGGCCCUGAUGCUGGCGGUCAGCCACGGCCGGGUGGACGUGGUCAAAGCCCUGCUGGCCUGCGAGGCGGACGUCAACAUCCAAGACGACGACGGCUCCACAGCCCUCAUGUGCGCCUGCGAGCACGGCCACAAGGAGAUUGCGGGGCUGCUGCUGGCCGUGCCCAGCUGCGACAUCUCGCUCACGGACCGUGACGGGAGCACCGCACUCAUGGUGGCACUGGACGUGGGGCAGAGCGAGAUCGCGUCCAUGCUGUACUCGCGGAUGAACAUCAAGUGCUCGUUCGCCCCGAUGUCAGAUGAUGAGAGUCCCGCGUCGUCCUCGGUCGAAGAAUGAGGAGGGAGCCCUGAGCAUCUCCCCAGGACCCAGCCCCAGAGAGAACCAUCCUGGUCCCUGCCACCUCCCACCCUCUCCACUCCCGCCCCCCACCCAGCUGCUGCUCCCCGAGGCCCCGCUGUCGCCUCUGCUGCUUUGAACCUUGACACCAGGGAGCCCCAGCGCCGCACCGAGCCAGUUUCUUUUCCCAGGACCUCAAUUCAAAGCUGCAGCUGCCCAGACCAAAGCUAAAUCCCGGUCUGCAGCGGCACCAGGGUGUGGGCUGGAGAAAGAACAGAGAACAGCACAAUCCUCGGCAGUUAGGGGUGGGGGAGGCGAGCGGAAAAGGUCACGUUUUUGAGUCAUUGGCGGGGGAGGGCAGGGUCCCAGUCCCUGUGGCCAGAUUUGAAAUUCACUGGUGUUGCAUCUCUGCCUUUGCAUCCUGAAUGGGAGUGCUCACGAGUCGCAUCUUAAGUGGCCUGGCCCCCUCUGCCCCCCGCAUUUCACGGUCUGAUUUAUAAUACCCUCCCCGCACACAGCCCAGAUGGCUCCUGGGGGCGUCUCUUCUGGUCAUUUCACAAAACAGAUUCUCUCCCUGUCAUGUUCUCACCAGGGCGGAAAGCUCAGUUCUUCCUUCUGUCUUGGUUUUUUGAGACAGGGUCUCACUGUGUAGCCCAGGAUGGCCUCCAACUCUAGGAGAUCCUCCUGCCUCCGCCUCCCUCCGCAGUGCUGGGAUGACCAGCAUGCACCACCACACCCAGCUGUCUUCUGUCUUGCCCUUACUGCCAGCGUCAACCCCUCCGAGUUUGGGGAGGGGAGAGCUCAGGGUCCUGCUGCCCAUGUCUCAGUAGCUCUGUGACUGGGAAGUCACCAAUUCACAAGGAGAAAUGACUCAGAAAUCCAUCCCCUCCCCUCACAGAGCCCCUGGCAAAUGUCGGUUUUCCUAGAAAAUCCUUCCAGCCCAGAGACCAAAGAAAAAGAUCCAGUUUUCAGAGUAGCUGCUGCCUCUGGAGUCCGGAACUGCAGUAACGGCUGCCUUUUUUCUUCCCAGGGCUGCAGAAUCUUUCUCCUCCAAGGAAGAGAACAGGGUGUGUGCUCAUUGGCAAAGCACAGGGCCAGCUCCACAAACCCCAUGUGUGCACAAUUAAAUAUUGGCCGCCCUGGGCCUCCCAGCACAAACGUAAAGAGACAGUGGUUGGAAAUGGGCUUGUCAGUUUUCUUCUUGCCCUCAGAGGCUAAACAUGGUUUUCUUUCCAGUUCCUUUUCUUGGUAAGGAGGCAAAAACAAAAGGGCUCCAGGCCUUGAGGUGUCCCUUGUGAUAAGGGAAGAAAUUCCCUUCCAAACACGUGGCCCGCCCUUUCUCCUCUCAGAGUCUUAGUCCCUACAGGACUUUCAAGCCAAACCUUGGUAGAACAGGGUUAAACCCCAGGAGGUCACAGGCCCAUUAAAGCAGAGCGCUGGCUUCUGUCCUAGGAAAGUAGGCUUCUUGGCUGGAUAUAGUGUGGCUUGCUUUUUUUUUUUUUUGAGACAUCCUGGCUUUGAAUUCAAAGAUCCUCCUGCCUCAGCCUCCUAAGUGCCAUAAUUACAGCUCAGUUUUUUAUUGAAGGGAUAUACCAAAGAGAAAAACACUUGAAAACCCAACAGGACAAUCAGGAUGGACGUAUACAGUGUGUAUGUUUGUGUGAAUUAGAAAACAAACCCCUCAGGAGGCUGAGGCAGGAGGAUCUCCAGGAAUUCGAAGCCAGCCUGGGCUGCAUAGUGAGACCCUAUGUCACACAUACACACAAAAGACGGGAUUGCUGCUGGUGUAUGAUGGAAGGGUGCAACUUUGAAAAGUGGUACAACAACUGUACCUUCAGGUCUAGCCCUGAAGGCAGCAAGUGCAUUUAUUGUAAGCCCCCAAAGCAGCUCUGCCCCAGGCCUCCGAUAACUCCACAUCUGUCUCCACUGUUCCUGUUCUGUCCAGACCCGUGGGGGCCAACUUCUGUGCCCGCCUUCUCUUCCAUGUAUCACAGGCUUUAAUGUCACCUCUGACCACGGUACAUCCAUAGACAGUAUUACACAUAACUGAAAUACUCUUUUUUAUAAUCUUUUCUAGAAGCUAAAAGAAUUUAAUAAAGCCGCAGAGAAUGCUGGCACUA